AUGCAACUCAAAAGGAUCGAAGUCAUUGCAGACGACGAAGACGAGAUAAUAGAGGCGGCCAGGCGCAUGUCUAAGAAUUAUGAUUUCGUGGUAACAAGCGGCGGGAUUGGUCCCACGCACGAUGAUAUAACAUACCAGUCAAUAGCCAAAGCAUUUGGUCUGGAGCUGAAACUACACGAGCCGACCAUGGCCAAAAUGAGGAAAUACUCCAGGCCUCACAAAUCACAGCCAGAUUUCGACUGGGACAAGCCUUCACCGGCCUUGACAGCAAAGAUGCGCAUGGCUCAACUACCGACGGACCCUAAUAUUCCCGACGAGGAGCAGGUUAUAUAUGUCAAGGAGGACCUCUGGGUCCCCAUCUCGGUGGUCAAUCGAAACAUCCAUAUUCUACCCGGUGUGCCGAGGAUAUUCGAGACGCUGCUGGAGGGGAUGAGGCCUCGCAUUCUUCCUCGUCUAAAAGACCCCGAAGGAAAGGGAAUGUAUCGAAUGCUCUUUAGCACUCCACUGGCGGAGAGUCAGGUUGCCGAUUACCUGACUCAGUUGGCCGCCAAAGUCGAGCCCAAGGGCAUCAAGGUGGGAAGUUAUCCUCGAUGGGGCAAGAAUAAGAAUGUGGUGACCCUGGUGGGGAGUGAUCGAGAAUACAUGGAUACGCUAGAGGCGGAGGUGGCCGCGGGCGUCAAAGGCACGAGGGUCAGAGUAGAAGGUGAAGAUGAUACAGACGACGAGACCGACGUGAAAAAGGACAAAGAUGCUUGA